CCAUCUUUGAGAGCAUGCCUGCUCGAACAAGGUAUACAGAUCAAGCAUGUGAACCAUGUCGAUCCUCGAAACGAAAGUGUAUUCAGCAUGAUGGUCCAAGCAGCAGUUCAAAUGGAAUCAAAUGCAGACGAUGUACACGAAUGGGAUUGGAUUGUACGGUUGACAGCCAAGGGAGGACAAGGCAAAGACGGGCUACACCUGCAGACAGAAAUGGGAUCACUCUACGAGAUUCUGCUCCUGACGUGCGGGAUGCUGUUCCUGACGUGCGGAGUUCUGUUCCUGUUUCUGUUCCUGAUGGAAGCAAUCUCGAAUGCAUUCCCGCUUCGUACAAUUUCAUCAUUGUUGAAGCAGGAGGUUUACCAAUCUCAAAACGUCGUACAGAUGCGCUUAAAGCGACCGCAAAUGAUCGAGUAGGUUCACUGAUACAAUUGGACUGGCUCAUAGACGAUCGAUUAAGUGCACUAAUAUCAACAUGGUCGGAAAAAGAACUUGGCAGUCUGAUGCCACUUUUGCCUCCGCCUCAUAUGCUUCGAUCACAACGGAAAGAAGCAAAUGUAACAGACGUGUCUGCCAUGGAUCCUGCAUUGUUGAUUUUGGAAUUGGGUCAAUACCUCUGUGCUGCUCGACAUCUCUAUCUCCCGCCCGAACAGCAUGAGAGAUACUUUCCAGGCGUACAGGUCGAGGUGAUGGUCAGACCGAUCUUGCAUCGUUGUCUGUCACAGCUAAUCAUCUCCUCUGAAUAUACUCCUUCUAUGAGUCUUGCAUUUCAAUUACUCUGUGUUUGCAGAUUUGAACGAUGCGAAAAGAGGAUAGAGCCACCAUACGCUCUACUUUCGUCAGCGGUACGAAUGUCUCAAAUUGCAAGAUCGUCCUCCACGACAGAAAGACAUAGGCUGGCUAUGGACGUACUCUGUUGCUCUGCAUAUACUCUGGAUUUGUCAUACAUUCUUGGAACAAGAGAAGGUCUAACGAUGUAUAGAUCACGACAGUAUGAAGGUAUAUCUCCCACACUGUCCGAAGUGGAAGGAAUGAUCGGAAAUGUGGAGAAGAUCUCCAGCGCAGGAUACGUUGGGAUUGAGGAACAAGUAGCUUUGAGUGAACAACGUGUCGAUGCACUUCGAGUAUUAUUGAAUCGAACAGUAGGCAUUCUUACAUUCUCGCAAGCUUGGCAAGACAUUUGGAUGAGCACGAAAGCAUUGCGGGAAGAUAAAAAGAAACAUUCCAUCAACGAUGAAGAGCAAUUGAUUUGUCUGGCCCAAACGGGUCAUGCGAUGUCCAAAUGGGAUUUUGCAUUGAAGCGUCUCGCAGAACGACGUGCAUACUUCAAAGGAAAGAUUUCACAAUCAGUAUCCGAAUUAAUGGAGGUAGAAGCCCAACUUUCCGGUACGAUCUUGUUGGGACAUUGUCUGAGAACGCAAAUUGAAUCAACAAUCGAUGUUGAUGUUCCGACUGAAUUUGACGGCAUUGGACAUGAGACAGCUUUGCUAGCAUAUGUUCGGAUGAUGUUAGCGGAAAAUAUGCAAGGGGCAAGAGAACUUUUUCCAAUCACCCAGACUCGAUUAGAAGCUGGCAAAGCGGUUCUUGUUGAGCAAACAGGCAGACUGGCGGAUGACUCUAAUAGACAAAGAUCAAACAAUGUGACCAAACUUGAAACUGGUUAUCCUGCUCUGGUCUCUUUGGGUCAUUUCUUCGAAGCUGCUGCGCUUGUGUUGGAAGCACAUGCUCCUCAUCUUGCCGUUUCACGUUCCACUUUGGCAUCGCAUGAUUCAUGGGCACUCUUAGCUUGGGCAGUCAAAGGAUUAGUAACAUCUUUGUUGCUUUGUGACACAACGGAAUCUGAGACUACACCAUCUACAUCCAGUCAUACCACUACACCGUCCAUGUCUCCACCAACACCAAUGGAAAAGGCUACUUUGAUCGUCGAGAGGCAUUGUCAGCAUGUUGAAGCACGAAUGGUCCUCGAUCUUCCCUUUCCACUUCCAUCCACACAGAUUGCCAUUUCCGACGAGAAUCCUAUCGAACUUGCAUAGACGUUGGACGCAAUCAUCCUUUUCGUUCCUCACUGAAAAUAGAAAUGUAUCGUAGAAAUGAUAUAGACUGAGCAACUACUGCAUGGGUAUUCCCCACCUUUAGCUUUGUGACAUGCAAUUGAGCCUCA